AUGAGUGAUAAAAACGCUAACGUCUCGGAAAUGUUUCAACAGGCAAAGGAAAUGCUUGAAGGUAAAGCUAAUGCAGCUAGUGAAGGAAUGAAAAACAUGGCCUCCCCUGAAAGUAAGGAAAAAAUGAAGACAAAAGGCCAGGAUAUGGAAAAGAAAGCUCAAGAUUCGUAUAAUAAACUAAGAGGUGCUGGGAAGCAAGAACAAACAAAGGAAAGACAAGAUAAAGAUGAAUUGAUGGAUCAUUGA